AUGAGCUCAGAAGCAUCACCCGAAGCAAAACCCAACCCCAAGCCCCUCAAGGGCAUCCUCAAGAAGCCGUCAGCCCCGCCAAACCAGUCAACUCCCACCAAGUCGACCUCCUCUCCAUCAUCAUCAUCAACGAAGCCGUCGUCGUCUACGCCAGCCAAAAAGUCCGCGACAACACCAACCAGGCCCUCGACUAGACGACCCUCUCAAACUCUUUCCCGCUCCUCCCAGCCCCCAAGCCCCCAACAAUCCCAGUCCCCCACCAACGAAGAAGAAAACGAAGAAGACCUCCCCCUCGCCGAACAACAACGCCGCCGCGAAGCCGCCGCCCGCCUCCGUCUCCUCCAACAAAUCAAAUCCCAAGUUCUGCCACCCCCCGUCCCAAUCGAAGUCUUCGAGCACCUCUGCACCCUACCCACCACCUCCAACCCGGCGUCCUCCCCCUCAGCAGAGGACAUCCAAACCUUCUUGAAUGCCCUCCAGAAGUUCCAACCCAGGGAAUACCUCGACCUGAUCGAGGAGCGCAAUUGUUUGGGCAAGUGCGGAUACACGCUGUGCCCUAGGCCAAGAAGACAGCUGCCGGGGCCGUACAAGAUUACGAGGAGUGGGGUUGGCAAGGCAGAGGAGUUGAACAAAUGGUGUUCGGAUGCGUGUGCAGCGAGGGCUCUAUAUAUCAAGGUGCAGCUGGAUAAUCCAAGCUAUGAACGGAGGAAGGGACCUGGGGGUAAGGAUGAGCUCUUCAUUAAGCUGGAGCUGAGGGCCGAGAAGGGGCAGGAAAAUAAAACGGAGAUGGGGAGGAAGACGGCCUAUAAGGAUGAGCAGGCAGAAAAGGACCUGGCUGAUGCCAUGGCUCGGCUGGAACUUGACAAGGCCACUAAGGCAAAGAAAGAUGCCGCCCAGCUGGCGCUUGAGCGCGGCGAUGCUGCUGGUGGUCUCUUUGCCGCUGAAGGACGUGUCGAGGUUGUCAUUCAGGAGAAGGAGAUUGACGAACCCGUAGUGCCACCCAAUCCAGGCGAUCAGGACAGCCACUUGUAUGUUGAAGGAUACAAGAGCGGUACAGGGACGAAGAAGCGUUCCGAGGAUGAUGAUAGCGAUGACGACGAAUUUUUCUCGAUCAAGUUUCGAUAG